AUGGCUCACCUCUACUUCAGGACUUUGAAACAUGUCGCCCAGUAUUCUCCUCUCCUCAGUGAAAAUGUCAAGCGCCAGAUUACCCAGCCUGCACCCCCGCGACCGAUCAAACAGAUGUUCUCACCCGAUCAACUUCCUCUGUCGGAGCUACCUCUUCUCCUCAACAAGCAGAUAACUCUGGACGUUCCUGUAUACACUGUCUGGGGAGCUUGUGAAGAUGUCAGAGUACUGGAGCGCUUUCGAUCAGGCGAAUACAAGGUGGACAACCUCCACAUCAUCGACGAAGUUAACUCACGGUUACUCGACAUUGGUGGAGUGAAGCUGCGACUCUUGGGACUGGGUGGUGCGGUCGUCAUUCACAAGCUCUUCGACAACGGCGAGGGCAAGACGUACAUAGCCGGAGGCCAAGGGACAAUGUGGACGACGUUGCUGCAGAUUGGUGCUCUCAUCGACACAGCAAACCGUGUCUAUGAUCCGUCAGAAACACGAAUCUUCUUGACACACGCUUCACCUGCACGGGACGGGAUACUGAACCAGCUGUCAGUGACACUGAAAGCAGACUUUUCAAUUUCUGCAGGUCUCCAUUUCCGAUACGGCAGUUCGUACAACGAAUUCUCGGUCAACCCGUCAUUGGACCACUACCGAGGCAAGCUAGCCGCCUCCAAGGCGUCAUUCCAAGAUGUGUGGGAGACGGUGAAGCUGGAUGUUGAGCAAGCGGUUGAUUCCAAUGCCAGCCACAAAGCUCUACUCCAUAGCGCUUUGGAGAUUGUUGAAAAGAUGCCGAGUACCGCAAACGGAGGAAACCCUUUUGGCGGUCCUGUUGGAGGUAGCCCAGCUGCUGGUCAAGUGGAUGAGAGUGCUUUCAAGAACAUGUGGAACUUCAAUCUCGCGGAUGCCGCUUUUGGAUACCUGGUCCUAGAAAUUGAAGGUGGCCGCAUCGGGACGGAAAUGCGUGCGCAAGGCUUCAACUUUGCUCACCGCGGCAAGCCUGGUCCCGCUUCAUCGCUUCCUCAGCCUUCCGCUGCACCAGCGGCCGUUCCUCCUGCAUCUGUACCGACCGGCCCCGCUCAGAAUCGCGGUCCGGCUUUCGCAGCGCCCACCCAGCCUUUCCCGCAACAACAGAAGCCUCCGCAACAGCAGUCAAGACCUGGUCCACCAUCGCAGACGGCACCAGUUCCUGCCUCCAAGUCUGCGACUCCACCUACUACCGGCUCGCCCGCGCCGCCGGCAACACAAGGAAAGCCACUCACGCCCCAACCAUCAUCUACCGCUGUGCCGACAACCACCUCUGUACAGGCUAAACCUGCUACCCCGGCUACCAACGGAACCGGUGCAGAAAAGGCGAGCGACAAUGAGGCAGCUAAAGCGAAGGCCGGGACCCCUCCAGUUACCAGACCCCCAAAUGCUCUCUACGUCUCCUUCGCGGACAAUGAGCAGCAUGUCAAGGAAUGUUUGGCUGAGGAAGACCGAGAUAAAGUCAGAUCUGUCGCGAGGAUGGGCAAUAAAUUCAACAAUUGGAAGGUGCAGUUCGAGAACCACGAAAUUGCUCAAGCUGCUUUGACUCGAGCUCAGGCAGAAAUCCAGAAGUUCAUCCGACCUGGAAACAAAGGCCCCAAAAUUCUAUGGUUCGAAGAUCGAGGUGCGUUCCAUCAUCGCGACAGUCACAGUCACAGCCAAGGGGGCGCAGGCACGUGGCAGGGCAGCGGCCGUGGUGCGUCCACGACAAGUACCGGUCCGGGUCGCGGAGGAUACCAAAGUGGAGGGGCGAGCGAUAGUGAGGGUGGACGGGGCCGAGGGGGAUUCCGCGGGCGUGGUCGAGGUCGAGGUGAUGAUCGUGGUGGUCGCGGUGGCCGAGGGGGCGGACGAGGCAGCUUCCAGAACAAGGCCACUGAGGAAGCGUCGGACGUGAAGCCCAGUGAGCCGAAACCAAGUGAGUCCAAGCCUGCCGACUCCAAGCCCGCAGCCACCUCUGGAGACAGUUGA